GUGAGCCACUUGACUGCUUGCUGCAUCUGCCAGGCCCAGCCCGCGCAUUUGCUGCCCGCGCAGCCAGCGCUCAGGUCAACUCAACCUCAAACCUUCCCACUCAGCAACUUGAUCGGCAACUCCGUGUCACCCCGCGACAACGCAAGCAGUUGACAUGGCAGCUGCAGCGGGCUCGUCAGCCGAGCCGCAGCACGAGCCUGCGUCCGAAGGAGACGCAGCAGCAACAGCAGCGUCGACUUCCACUGAGCAGCAGCCAUCUCCAUCCGCGACGGGCGAGUUGCUCGGUCGCGUGGCCACGGAGAUCAGCCAGGCCUUCCAGUCGUCACUCGUACAGGUCGUGUCGGACAUCGGCCGUGAGUAUGGCGUCGAGCCUGGCAAAGUUGCUUGGAUGGAGAAAGGCGGUGCCGCUGUUGCAUUAGCGAGUGAGCAGCUGCAUGGGAAGGAACUCGGCGACGACGGCGAGCUCAGCGACGACGUGCGUCGCAUCCUACGCGAGCUGCAGACGUCGCGCCUGCAAGUGCGCGAGCUGCAACAAGUCGUGGUCGAGCUGCGUGUCGAACAGCGACUGGCGAAACAGCGCGUCGCGCUCUUCAGCUCGCUGUCCACGAAGCUCAAGCGCGAUCUUGUAGACGAACGACUGGCACUCAUCGACGCCAAGAACGAAAUCAAAGAACUACGACGCAAACGCACUAAAGACGACUCUGGGUCGGUCGGUGCCCGCUCUCCACACUCUCCGCCCUUACAGGAGCAAAGCGACAAUCUAUGGAGCUCGCCGAACAAGCCCAUUACCGGCUCAACGAGCGCUGCUACCGCAUCGGGUGCAUCUGGUGGAGCGUCGUCGGGCUCGAAUCUCAUGGCUUUCAACUUUUAUCCAUCGACUUCUAGAAGGGAACGUGGCCAGGAGAGUGCAGACGAAGACCUUCCGUCGCCGUCGUCCAGCACACAGACACUCCGCAGUACACUGAUGGGUCAGUUCUUGCCGUCGUCACUACUAGACUCCCCGCAAAUCACGCCCAAACACGUCCGACCUUUUGCUGAAGACACUUUGAGUGAGGACAAAGUGCCGCCCCCUGUGUCUGCACUUGAGGGCGACAUGGAGUCGUUUUCACUCACUGCAACCCCCCUUGCGACUAGUCCAACAGUGGAACAACAUAAACUUGAAACUGGAGACGGGCAUGACGAACAAAAAGAGACAAGCCAGGGGAGACUGGAUGCAUCCAUAUCACCACAGCAACUGUCCAUGUUGUCGGAGCUGUUUGACGGUAUCCCUGUCGACGAGCUGGAGUCGGUCUUGCGACGCUUCGAUGGACAGGAAUCGGCGUCGAUCGACCACAUUCUACACACGCAUCCGAGCUUUAAUCCGGUGCUUGGAGCUACUGGGAGAGGUGAGAGUGGCAGCAGUUUGGCAUCCAUGGCGUCACCCUUACCGUCGCGUUCAUCGUCGACUGGUUACGGCAAGACAAGCCUGCACCACAGCAGCAGUCAGAGCGGACCUCCCCCAGGCUCCUCAAGCAAUUGGAAGACGGAGAUCUGCAUGUACUACAUGCAAGGCAAAUGCAACAAGACGCGUCGCACCUGUUCGUUUGCUCAUGGCGAGAGUGAUAUGAUGCGUUCCACCGGCACAAGCAUCGGGACUGGCAACACUAAGCCUGGUCCAAACUACAACAAGACUCGACUCUGCCAAGCUUACGAAAACGGCACAUGUCCCAAGUCACGGCGCGACUGCCCCAUGGCACACGGAGUUAACGAUCUACGCGACGUUGGGUCAGGUAACAGCGGCUCUAGCAGUCAACCGAUGCUGCAAGCAGCGACUCCAAGACUACAGAGCUACAAGACCGAACUGUGCUACUACUUCUUGAAGGGCAAUUGCAACUACACCAAGGAGGAAUGUCGCUUCGCCCACGGACAAAACGACUUACGCACAGUGGAGAGUAAUACCGCUCACAUCGCCGCCGCAGCCUCAGCCGGUGCUCCUGGUUUUGGAGAUUACCCGAUGUCACCUGUCCCGCCCCCACCGGCGGUCUCGAUGGAGAAACAGCUACAACUUCAGCAUCAGUACCAGCAACAAUACCACCAGCACAACCAGCCACCAGCACUUCCUCAGCAACACCACCCGUUCCAGCCGCAGCCUCCACCAGCGCAGCCGCAACAGAGUUUCGUGCCUCAACACCAACUUCAGCUGCAGUACUCGUCACGUGGGUCUGGUGGACAGUUCGGUUUCCAGCAUCAGCAGUACGACAUGGGUCAGCCACAGCAGAACCCGUACAUGCAACCACCUUCUGGUCAGUUCCGCUACCUAAAGAGCAUGGAGGACAAGCGCUCGACGUCAGUUGGACGUCCCCCGCGACGGGAUUCGGGCUCGUCCUGGAGCAGUUUUGACGCGUCGGGUCUGCCACCUUCGGAGUACUAAGACGGGGCCUUUCUUCUACAAGGCCCGUUGCCGUUUUUGAAUUUGGAUUUGCAUUGAUCGAGUUUUGUGACCUACACGCAACAAGUAUGUAGCCUAGCUGCAUGGUACGGUAUUUUGAUUGCCACGACUUGGCUCCCGUCUGUCGUUCGGAGCGCGAAAGGCAAGCUCAGAUGCUGACGAUGAAGAAGAAGUGAACAGCUCCAAGCACAAGAAAAGAGAGAGAAAAAAAACAAGCAGCAUUGGAUGCAUACGCGAGAAGUAGUAGCAGUAGUAAGUAGUACAUUUGUAGAAAAGCAAGCGCUAGGGCGCACCCGCCCAUAUAUACGAUAGAACGAUGCCCGCUGCAUAAUAUGUCUGGUACCUUCCAUUUGCUUACUCUUCACUACAUGUACACCACAGACAGCUUAUGAACGGUAAUUCACUCGUGGAAACCGUUGGCUUCCACAUCGUUUUCGUGGGUCUCGGUGCCGCUGGAUCCGAGUGUCGACUGUUGCUGGAAGGCACUAAAGCACCCGAGCAAGUCCUGUACGUUGACUUGCACAGGUACGAUGGCUCCGUUGACCACCAUCCUCACGGGGCGGUAGAAGGUGGUACCAAUGUGCUGUUCCUGCAGAGGCUGAGGUCGCCCGUCGUCCUCUUCGGAGCCCAUAGAGCGCUUCCGCUUUAAUGCCCCCGUAAGGUCAACAUCAGA